AGUCGCGUCGCAGUCGCGUUGCGUUUUGUUUUAUUUGCAGCGUGGAUACUGCUCCCAUCGUAAAACAGAAUGAGUGCCGGAGGUGCAGAAGAGGAGGCGAACCUAGAGUUCACUCCGACGUGGGUUGUGGCCGCCGUUUGCACUGUAAUCGUGGCCAUUUCCCUCGCCGCCGAGCGUUUCCUCCAUUACGGCGGCAAGUUCCUCAAAAACAAGAACCAGAAGCCCCUAUACGAGGCUCUACAGAAAAUCAAAGAAGAGCUGAUGCUGCUGGGUUUCAUUUCUCUGCUUCUCACGGUAUCGCAAAACGGCAUCACUAAAAUCUGCGUUCCUCCGAGCGUGACUCGCUACAUGCUCCCCUGCAGCCUCGAUGAAAAGGAGAAGGUCACCGUGGAGCAUUUACUGGGACAAGACCGUUUCCAUUUCGAACGUUUCUUCUCUUUCCCCAGGCGCCUUCUUGCCGAGACUCGAGGGACAGAGACAGAGACACAUGCACUCGCUAAGACUGAAUUCUGCGCUCGCAAGAACAAGGUACCUUUAUUAUCUGUGGAAGCGCUGCAUCACCUGCACAUCUUCAUUUUUGUACUGGCCGUCGUUCAUGUCACCUUCUCCGUUCUCACUGUUAUUUUUGGAGGAGCAAGAAUUCGCCAAUGGAAGCACUGGGAAGAUUCCAUUGCGAAGCAGAACUAUGAAACAGACCAAGUUUUGAAACGAAAGGUGGUCGAUGUUCAGCAGCAUGAUUUUAUCAAAGGUCGCUUUUCGGGCUUUGGCAAAGAUUCUGCCAUAGUGGGUUGGUUGAAAUCCUUUUUUAAGCAAUUUUAUGGAUCUGUUACAAAGUCAGAUUAUGUCACACUACGGCAUGGUUUCAUUAUGACCCACUGCAAGGCGAAUCCAAAGUUUAAUUUUCACAAGUACAUGAUUCGGGCCCUUGAAGAUGAUUUCAAGCAGGUUGUUGGCAUAAGUUGGUAUCUUUGGGUUUUUGUGGUCAUAUUCUUGUUGCUCAAUAUCAAUGGUUGGCAUACAUAUUUCUGGAUAGCUUUUAUUCCUUUCAUUCUUCUACUUGCCGUUGGCACUAAGCUGGAGCAUGUGAUAACGCAACUAGCUCAUGAAGUAGCUGAAAAGCAUGCUGCCAUAGAAGGUGAAUUAGUUGUACAACCAUCAGAUGAUCACUUUUGGUUUCAUCGCCCCCACUUUGUCCUCUUCUUGAUCCACUUUAUCCUUUUCCAAAAUGCUUUUGAGAUAGCAUUUUUCUUUUGGAUAUGGGUUACAUAUGGAUUUGACUCUUGUAUAAUGGGACAAGUUCGUUACAUAGUUCCAAGGCUCAUUAUCGGAGUAUUUAUCCAGGUACUAUGUAGCUACAGCACCCUACCACUGUAUGCAAUUGUUACACAGAUGGGAACCCAUUUUAAGGCAGCAAUAUUUCGUGAGCAUGUGCAAGUGAGGCUUGCUGGUUGGGCACAAGAGGCAAAGAAGAAGAAAGGGGUAAAAGCUGAUAGCCAGCCUGGUGAAGGAAGUUCUCAUGCUGUUGCAGGAAUUCAGCUUGGAUCAGUUUUCCAGAAGAGAGCAUCCGCUGCAGAAGACGGUGCUUCUGUACCCAAAGUCGAGGGUUCAGCUGAGUAGCCUAAAUGGGGGAGUUGUGCUCAAAUCAUCUUAUUUUGUGUAGUUACAGAACACACUAUUAUUAGUAUUUUAUUUGCUAGCAUUGUGCGACAUUGUAGGAUGUGUUUGGCUUAGGGUGUAGGCAUAGUAUUCUCCAGCGUCUUUGCUCUCGGUGUGUGACUUUGAGUAAAUGGAACUAUGGAGCCCAUUGAACUUUCCCAAAACUCCUUUUCCAGAGAACUGAUUUUUUGUAUAGAAAUUCUCUGUAGAGCAUCCGACUGCAAAGACCUAAGGGAACUCCGACUUUGCGGUUGUUGCGAGUCCAGGGGAUGAAAUGUUGUAGUUAUAGCAUUUGCGGACCUCAACGAAUCACGCACCACAUUGGUUGUUGCUA